AGUGUUAUUUGCAAAGCAAUUACGGUGAGUCAAAAAAUCAUCCAUUUUGGGUGAGAAUCUGCGACAAAAAGAGUGUUUAUUGUACACAUGACUAUAAAAAUUUUAAUAUAUUUCACCUCUAAAACUAUCACUUGUGUAUCCACCUUUGUUUGUCUGUGGGUGGCGAGAAUUACUCUCAACUUGAUUCAAUUUGCACGCGACAAUGGAUAAAUUUGUUGGGACUUUUACAUUAUAAAUAAAGACGCAAUCCAUACACGGGGUUUAGUCUGUUGUAAAUCUCUGGUGAGGAUUGACAAUGAAGUUUCAGUGGAUUUUUGCUUUAGUGGCUGUGUUUGUGGCUGUUGCUUGGGGUGCUCCAGCACAGAAGACCAACUUCAAUGAGUGCCUAAAAGCCUGUGGCUACAACUACUCCCCCAUCUGUGCUGGUCCCAAAGAGGGUGCCGAGAAGCCCCAAACAUUCGGCAACAUCUGUGCCCUUGAAACCUACAACUGUGAGCACAAGACCGAGUGGGAGGUGAAAUCUCAAGGCGAAUGUCCAGGUGGCAGCGCAAUUCGGUUGCAGUAUUGAGUUUCCCCAUAGCAGUUCCGAGCAGCAAGAAAAAAAAUUCCCACACAUUCAAUUUUUUUUCCAUUCAACGCUGGAUAUUACGAUAAGACAAAACUGACUCACAUUCCCUGAUCCCAUUGAUAAGAUAUUAUGCGCCCACCCCCGCUCAACAACAUUAUGGAUUUUUCGCAGCAGUAGUCAGUGUUUUUGGAAUGUUUGCAAGACACUGACCGCAAAGGCAGGAAAAAAUAAUACCUAAUUAAGACAAUUCGGUGAAUGGUUUACUACGGAAAAAAAUAAGUUUGCCGAAAUAUCAAUAACCAGCGCCUAUCACUAUAUCAUGUGUUGUACAUCUCGUUUUGAUUUUUGCGUGAUUUAAUAAAGUAUAACGUUCAACAAA